AUGAGCCGUCAGGAUCGCAAACGCCGCGGAAAAUGGGAUACUUACAAGUCGCAAUAUAACAAUGAAGAAACCGGCGGACCUGGAAUUAGUGGCGGUGGAAAUGACAAGGACGGAACUGCUGUUCCAAAAGCAGCUUCGCAUAAUUUGAAUAGCGAAGGAUCGACGGUUCUCACAGAUGAAUUUGACGCGAAAGAUUACCGCAAGGAUAUGCCGCUGAAGCCCGAUUACAGCAGCAGACCUCUCUGGGUGGCCCCCGAUGGGCAUAUCUUCUUGGAAUCUUUUAGUCCUGUCUACAAGCACGCGAGGGAUUUCUUAAUCGCCAUCUCAGAACCGGUGUGCCGUCCGCAGCAUAUUCACGAAUAUCAGCUAACUGCAUACUCAUUGUAUGCGGCAGUAUCUGUUGGCCUUCAAACCAACGAUAUUAUCGAAUAUUUGGAACGAUUGAGUAAAAGCCAUCUUCCAAAAGGAAUUAUUCAAUUCAUUCAGAUGUGCACAGUUAGCUACGGAAAAGUGAAAUUGGUACUGAAGCAUAAUCGAUAUUUUGUCGAAUCACGUCAUUCGGACGUGAUGCAGAAGCUGCUCAAGGACAAAGUGAUUCAAUCAUGCAUUCUGGACGACAGAGACCAACCAAUGCAGCAGACUGAAAUUCAAACUCAGGAGAAAAUCAAGUUUUCGAAAAAGGCCGAUGAGCCCGACAAAGAGAGCACCGAAAAUGCGGGCGAUGUGCCGGCGGACAUCGACGAGUUCUAUGAGAAAAUUGAUGGCGAUGACGACGACGACGCCGAGAUUCGAAGCCUUCAACUGCUCACAUUUGAAAUCAAGCAGGAGUCUAUUGAGACUGUGCAAAAACGAUGCAUCGAGCUGGAAUACCCAUUACUGGCUGAAUACGAUUUUCGCAAUGAUACCAUGAACCCAAAUUUGGGAAUCGACUUAAAGCCGUCAACGACAUUGAGACCUUACCAAGAAAAAUCCCUGCGAAAAAUGUUCGGCAACAGUCGUGCCAGAAGUGGUGUCAUCGUCCUGCCUUGCGGCGCCGGAAAAACGCUUGUCGGCGUCACGGCAGUCACCACGGUCAAUAAGCGAUGCCUCGUGCUGGCCAACUCGAACGUUUCUGUUGAGCAAUGGCGCGCGCAAUUCAAACUCUGGUCGACGAUUCAAGACAAACAGUUGAUUCGAUUUACGCGCGAAGCUCGAGACCCGCCACCGACGGGACCCGACGCUUCGAAGCCUGUUGUCUGUAUCAGCACGUACUCCAUGGUUGCCUACACAGGGCGAAGAACUUUUGCCGCUGAAGAAGCCAUGAAGUUCUUGGAGUCGCAAGAAUGGGGAAUGCUACUUCUCGAUGAAGUGCACACGAUUCCGGCGAAAAUGUUCCGUCGAGUGUUAACGAUCGUUCAAGCGCAUUGUAAAUUGGGUCUCACCGCGACAUUGGUUCGCGAGGACGACAAAAUCACCGAUUUGAAUUUUUUGAUUGGCCCGAAAAUAUAUGAAGCGAAUUGGAUGGAACUGCAAAAAGCUGGACAUAUCGCGAAAGUUCAGUGCGCCGAAGUGUGGUGCCCGAUGACAUCCGAAUUUUAUUCGUACUAUCUUCGAGCGCAAAUUGCGCGAAAACUUCUUCUCUCUGUAAUGAAUCCCAACAAGUUUCGAAUUUGCCAAUUUCUCAUCAAAUUCCAUGAGAGGCGCAACGACAAAAUCAUCGUUUUCUCGGACAAUGUGUUCGCGUUGAAGAAAUAUGCGAUCGAAAUGCAAAAACCUUUCCUUUAUGGAGAAACGUCGCAGAAUGAGCGAAUGAAAAUCCUUCAAAACUUCCAGUACAAUCCGAGGGUCAACACAAUCUUUGUAUCGAAGGUGGCCGACACAUCGUUCGAUCUUCCCGAAGCCAACGUGCUCAUUCAAAUUUCCGCGCAUGGCGGCUCGCGUCGUCAAGAAGCGCAGCGUCUUGGUCGAAUUCUUCGCGCCAAGAAGCAUUCCACCGACCAGUUCAACGCGUUCUUCUAUUCGCUUGUGUCGCAGGACACCGUUGAAAUGGCCUACUCGCGAAAGCGUCAAAGAUUCUUGGUGAAUCAGGGUUACGCCUACAAAGUGGUCAAUAAGCUGCCUGGAAUGGAGAAGGAAGAUCUUAAGUUGGCGACAAAAGAGUCGCAGCUUCAGCUUCUGCAGCAAGUUCUCUCUGCGUCUGAUCUCGACGCGAAUGAGGAAGACGUCAAAGAGGAAAUGCCGGAUGGAUCGAUAAAGAUCACCAGACGGGAUGCUAGUAUGUCGAGCAUGUCGGGCGGUCAAGCGGGCUCAUACUCGAAGAAGAACAUCGCCGAACGACAUCCGCUGUUCAAACGCUUCCGCUCAUAA